CAUACUUAGCUUGUUGUAUUUCCCCAGGCUUUACUGUAGAUGCUGAAUGGCUCAAUUGCAGCUUGCUAUGUGUUCCCACAAGGAUCCAAUUGUGUCCAGUCCCAAUCUUUCUGUGACAAGCCAGGAGAAAUGUUAUUCUGAGGCUCUUGGGGAACAGCCAAGGUUAGAACACCCGAGGACUAAUAUCCAGCAACAACUCCUGUCUAACAAAGAUAAGAAGAUGAAAGAUGUUUGCAUUCAAGAAGGUUGGAGAUCUUCCUAUUCUCAGCCUGCAGGAAGCAGCCAACUUAUUUCAGAGAAUGCAAGAUUCUGGUAUGCUGGCCCACACAAUUGGUAUCUCAAGAACCAAGUUAGCACUCUGCCCUUCCACUGGAGAGCCAAGCGGAGACAAGGUAUAGACAGGGCAUACCCACUAAAACCAGUCUUUCAUCAAAAAGCUGGCAAUAGUUCCAUACCUAGUACUUGGCAAGUUGGGACUUCCCCAACCACAGAGACUCCUUCCCCUAACAUUAGCUCAGAGACUCCUUCCCUUAACAUUAGCUCAGAGAGCAAAAGAAGAACACAUGCAGUCAAGGCCCAGCAUGUUGGAGUGCCUUCUCCUUCAGUAGAACAGUCAAAGACAGCAGUUUUUCAUCCAGGAAGGGCAGAGUCAGGCUAUAUUAAAAAACUGGAGGCUGCUAGUAGGAAUUUGGAGGAGGAGAUCCAGAGGAAGGAAGCCCUACUUAGGGAGAAGCUGAGAAGAACAGAAAAGGAGCUUCUGAGGAUCCAGUGGGAGAAGCAGCAGGCACAGACAAAAACAAAAAAGCAGCAAAGACUAUGGAUGCCUGAGAGGAAAGCAACAGACAUCUCUUGGGGGCAUCUUUCCAGACCUACAGCCCAGCCAUAUGAUGGUCAAAGGAAAACUGUUCUGACUAGCCCUGUUGUUUCUGUGGAGACAACGUCAGUUCCCUCAGAGCUCCAUAUGGAAAGGCUCAAAAAGCAACAGUUAGCGGUUAGCAGUAGUAACCGAGAAAAUGUUCCCCAGAAAAACACUAUAACUCCUUGUCCAGAGUUGGCUUCCAGGCAUGACCAGCCUCCAACAGUAGUCCUUUUAAGACAGACUGAGUGCAUGGCAACACCAUACAUGGAAUCUCCAAGCAGUGUAGAAGAUAGCAGUGAAUGCAGUUUUUGUGGACGGAAGUUUUACUCCUUCAGGUUGGAGAAGCACAUAAGCAUCUGCAGAAAGAAUCACAGCUCCAAAAGAAAAGUAUUUGAUUCAAGUAAAGCCAGAGCAAAGGGCACUGAAUUAGAGGCAUACAAUCUCUUGAUGGGCUCAGGUACCUCCUGGAAAAAAACUUUAACUAAAAGUACCGACACUUCUAUGCAAAGCAGUAUGCAGCCUAAGCAAAGCAACUGGAAACAGAAGCACAAGUCUUUCAUCGAGACACUGCGUAGGGCUCGUGAGAUGCAGCGAAUAAUCUCCAAAGGGGGAAAGGCCUCAGACCUUCCUCCAGUACCCCCCAUGGAGAAUCCAGACUACAAAAUGUGUCCGUACUGCACACGUUUGUUUGCCCCUCAGGUGGCUGAGAGACACAUUCCCAAGUGCAAGAACAUCAAGAAUAGACCGCCACCACCACCACAGCAAAAGAGACAUUGCUAGUCACCCAUUUUCACCCAGGUGAAAGCUUCAACUUGAGUAAUUACACUGGGACCUCACCCCCUGCUAUUUCCCUAAGUUUGACAGGACAAAUAGCAAAGAGCACCCCAGUGGCUGUGGCUUCAUUUUUUAAAAGCACAGGCAUGUACAGUCUGUAAACCUACAAGCUGUG